UAUAUAUGAUCAUUAAUGUGUACGGAAAUCUGGUAAUAAUUAGUGUAUAUAUUUGAAGAUAACAAUGCUGCCUGCUACAAUGGAUUAUUAUGUAAUAAUUAGAAUGGUGUUGGUGCUGUGCAUGGCUUCUUCUUCACUGGGAGCAACAACUAUUUUCAAUGUGAUGAGUUAUGGAGCAGUCGGAAAUGGAAGAAUCGAUGAUUCCCAAGCAUUCUUGAAAGCAUGGAGAGCAGCGUGUCAGGGACAGGCAACACCGGCCACGCCCGUUGUUUAUGUACCCCAAAAGAAGACGUUCUUACUGUCACCUCUGACAUUCAACGGCCCAUGCAAGUCCUCUCGUGUUUAUAUGCUCGUAUCAGGAAAUAUUGUGGCCCCUGUAAAAACGGGAUGGAGAGGGAAUCAGAAAAAUGCGUGGAUCAUAUUUUCUAACAUCAACGGACUUGUCGUCAAGGGCAAGGGAGUCAUCGACGGUCAGGGAUCCUCCUGGUGGCCGUCUCGCCCUUGCUUCGAUGACCCAGCUAAUGGUCAAAAUUGCAAGGGACCAACUGGAAUGAUGUUCCGGAGAUGCAACGGUUUAAGACUAGAUGGAUUUUCCAAAAUUAACGGACCAGGAAGUCAUAUCUUAAUCUCUGCAACUAAAGACGCUGUUCUCACUAAUCUCCGCAUUGUCGCCCCCGGGGACAGCCCUAAUACUGACGCCAUUGACAUCUCCUCCUCUACAGCUGUACAAAUCCGUAACUCUUUCAUUGCAACAGGUGACGACUGUGUUGCAAUUAGUGCGGGAUCUUCAAAUAUUGAUGUUAGUGGAGUAACAUGCGGGCCGGGUCAUGGUAUCAGCAUCGGAUCCUUGGGAGGCGGAGGCUACGACGUUGUAGAAAAUGUACGUGUCCGAAACUGCACGUUGAAAGGGACACUAACUGGAGUAAGAAUUAAAACUCUGCAGGGAGGGAAAGGAUAUGCAAGAAGGAUAUCAUUCGACGGAAUAAAGUUUGAGGCAGUGGAUAACCCGAUUCAAAUCGAGCAAUUUUAUUGCCCACUCAAAGUGAAUUGCCAAAACUACACAUCGGCUGUUGCUGUAAGCGACGUAUCGUUCACUGCAAUAAGCGGGACAUCAGUUGCAGAGAACGUUAUAAAUUUGAGUUGCAGCCAAAGUGUAGCAUGCAACAACAUUAAACUCGACAGAGUUUACAUAAAACCCUCAACUCCAGGAAAGAAAGUGUACUCCAGUUGUUUCAAUGCUCGCGGACAAGCUACCCAUACUAAGCCUGCUGUCAACUGCCUUCGCCAUUAGAAUUUACUUAUUUUUUCGUUUUUUAAGAAUAAUUUAUGUCAUUUUAUGAUGUAAACUUGUGAUUGAUCCGUAUAUAUUGUUUAAUAUUCAUAUGAAUA